AUGGACACUCGCACCACAGACGUCAUACAGAGAAUGCGCGAGCUCAACAUAGACCCAACUACAGUCUUGGCCGUACACCCUCAUACCUCCGCGAAUCUUGGGGUCAAAAGCAAUAUCUCGCGCAGUCAUCUCGACACCACCCCGCUCAACUUCAACACCGCGAUCACCCCGACCACGGCCACCACCUUUACGAACGCCCAAGCCAACGCCAACUUCAACGCCAGCGUCAACGGCAACAACAACGGCAACACCAGCGCCAAUGCCAACGCCAAUACCAAUACCAACGCCGACGCCAACGAACACCCUCCCCUCGCCUCCGACUACCGCACUCGGCGCCGCGAGUACCACGCCCGCCUUGCCGCUUGGCACCGCCCCGGCGCUCUUGGACUUGAUCCCAGUGAGCAUGCUCGAGCGCGGAGAAAGUCCGAGCUUGAGGAGAUGGUGCGGCAACGCAGAAUCUUCGCCGCUGGCGGUGACUCUGUAGUAAAGGCCCAGGUAGCACAGCUUGAGGGGAUGAUUGAUGCUUUGCAGGCUUUGCAGUGA